UUACUUUUAGAAUUUAUUAUGAUAUAUAUAUUUUUUUUUAUCUUUUUUAAAAAAGGAAAGUUUAUGAGAUUGGGAUAUAAGUUUGUAAGCUUUUAUUUGGCCAAGAAUGGCUUAGCAUCUGCAAAACCAACACUAAGCUCUCUAUAUUAUAUUCUCUUGAAAAUCAUUCCAACAAAAGAAGAAACCUGAAACACAAAGUGACCCACCACCACCACUACCACAAUCUCCUUCUUCCUCCACCAGCCACCGGGACAAUUAAGUGAUGAGGAAACCAAUUCAUGCCCUAGAUUAAAGAACCAGAAUCCUUUUCAGACAAGAUCUACUACACUCUACACAUUUUCACAUGUACUUAUACACCUUUAUCUAUGUGUGUGUGUAUAUAAAGCUUCACUUGUGGCUUUAGAGGUAACAAAAAAAAGGAAACUUUUCAGUUGGGUUUUUUUUGGUUUCUUGGUGAGAAGAGAGAGAGAUCAGAGAUGGGAAGAGGGAAAGUGGAGCUUAAGAGGAUAGAGAACAAGAUCAAUAGGCAAGUUACUUUUGCAAAGAGAAGGAAUGGUUUGCUUAAGAAGGCUUAUGAGCUUUCUGUGCUUUGUGAUGCUGAGAUUGCUCUUCUCAUUUUCUCUAACCGUGGCAAGCUCUACGAAUUUUGCAGCAGCCCUAGUGGUAUGGCGAAGACGGUUGAGAAGUAUAGAAAAUAUAGUUACGCAACAAUGGACCCAAAUCAAUCAGCUAAGGACUUGCAGGAUAAGUACCAAGACUACUUGAAGCUCAAAUCAAGAGUUGAGGUCCUUCAACAUUCACAAAGGCAUUUGCUUGGUGAAGAGAUAGCCGAGAUGGAAGUGAAUGAGCUUGAGCAGCUAGAACGCCAAGUAGACGCAUCACUAAGACAAAUAAGAUCAACCAAGGCUAGGUCAAUGCUUGAUCAACUAUCUGACCUUAAAACAAAGGAGGAAAUGUUAUUGGAAACCAACAGAGAUCUUAGGAGAAAGUUGGAGGAAAGUGAUGCUGCGCUUACACAAUCAAUUUGGGGAGCUUCUGCCACAGAACAUUCCCAACAACAACAACAACAACAACAGCAGCAACAGCAACAGCAACAGCAACAGCAACAGCAACAGCAACAGCAACAACAACAACAACAGCAGCAACAACAACAAGGCAUGAGCUCUUAUCAAUCAAACCCGCCAAUUCAAGAAGCAGGUUUCUUCAAGCCUCUACAAGGCAAUGUAGCAUAUCAAAUGAGCAGUCAUUACAAUCACAAGCAUGCUGCUAUGACCAACGCAAGCAACUCUGCAACAACAUCACAGAAUGUUAAUGGAUUCUUCCCAGGGUGGAUGGUCUGAAACGAUAUACAUAUAUAUAUAUAUAUAUGUGUGUGUUUUUAUAGAUCAAAGAUCAUUAUUGCUUAUGUCCUUUAUUUUUGCCAGAGAAACAUUGUUCAUUAUUACAAACUCUGUUAUAUAAUCAAGGGCUUGUAAUGUCAAACCCCAGAUCCUAUCAUUACUUUUUUUGCUCUCUUGAAAUAUAUAACAUUUUUUUGAGCUUUUUAA